CACAUGCGUGAGAAGCAGUCUAUGCGGAAGGAGAGGCUUCGCGCGAGUGCUGCUGGGAGUUGUAGUUUAUUUCCCAUUCUGAGUUUUUCCAGGGAUGGUUUCCCCCAUUCAGUCCAUUUAUGAGAAAUACAUCAUUUUUGGCCUUUUAGAAACCAAUGAAUCGUUGACCCGAAGAGCUCGAAUCCUGUGCCAAGUUUAGUUCUCGCACUGAAGUUCCUCAUCACAGGCUUCUGCACAGCCAACUUCUCUGCUUUUCUACAACCCAUUACUGCACUCAGAACCUGUUUACUGAGCUGAGAAAUAAAGAAAUGGCCAGUACAGAAUCGACUGCUGGGGAAACUAUGGCUCUGGAAGGAAAGGAACAGAGCAUGGAGUCCAACCAGGAAACACCUAAAGGUGAGGGGAAUGACCAUGAUGGAUGUCCUGGAGGCAGUCAGAAGGAGGGCAGAGUGGUGGUGAAAGGAGAAGACCUGAAAGAGAACCUGCCUCCAUCCAACCAGCUGCAGUCGACCAAUGGGAACGUUCACUGGUCGUGCCCAGACGGCACGUUUAUCAAACUGGUCCAGGAGCCUGGCAAAGGUUUAGAUAAACCCAAGGAAGGUUCAGUCUGCCGUGUCUUCCUCGAGGCCGACCGUGAAGGACCCCUCAGUUACCCGUCCCGCCAGUGGGCUGAGGUGGAGCUGGGUGGGGGUGAUGCCGAAUGGGAUGGGAUGGUAGACCGUUGUCUGGAGACCAUGCUGGCCGGGGAACAGGCCGAAGUGAGGUUGAGGGAUGGAGGCACCAUCAUUGUGCAAUUGGCCAGCUUCACAGAGGCCAAAGACAGCUGGGAGAUGAGUGCCAGUGAGAAGUGGAGCCUGGUGCUCAGCAACAAAGAGCGUGGUGGUGAGCUGUACCGUGCGGGAGAGGUUGGCGCAGCUGCCAGGCGCUACGCCAAAGCCUUGCGUCUGCUUGUGGUGGCUGCCCCUCCUCCAGACUACGACCAAAUUAAGGCUGAGCUCCAUGCCAACCUGGCCGCCUGUCAACUGAGGUUGCGCCAGCCAGCCAACGCAGCCCAAAACUGUACCAAGACGCUGGCGCUGCAGCCAGCCAACACCAAGGCGCUCUUUCGGCGGGGCUUGGCUUACGACGCCAUGAAUGACCUGGAAGGAGCGGCGCAAGAUCUGAAGGGGGUUUUGCAAGUGGAGCCCGGGAACCGAGCUGCCCGGCGCGAGUUGGAGCGGGUGACAGAGCGCAUCAAGGCGCGCGAUGCCAAACUUGCUCGGGCCAUGCAGAAAAUGUUUGCUUGAGAAUAACAAAGCAGUGUUUUCUCUUAAACUCUCUUUGCAUCCUUUUCCCUGCAAGUGUCUCAAGGCAAAACUAUGAGGGUUAUCCAGAAAGUAAGGUUACAAGAUUUUUUUAAAUGCAAACAAUGCAUAUCUUCUUUAUCUCUAUACACAUCUCUUCUCUAUACACAUAAUAAAUCUCUAUCUCUGUACACAUAAUAUCUCUAUAUACACAUAUCUUCUCUAUACACAUAAUAAAAGUGAAACGUGUAUGUGGCAGAGGUGUCCAAAUACAUAGACAACCUCCCCCUCCACAAACAGGCUAUAGUUCCAAGUGCUGAGAAGCCUCCAAAGGCAUUUCCUCCACUGACAUUGCAGAUUAUAGCGAGCGCCAUGUACAUGUAGGCCAAUGUCCUCCCCAAGAACUACAGCCCACCACCAUGCAUUUUCAUUCGGGGAAAAUUUCAUCCUAGAUUUGACAUUUUUCCUCCAUCACAGGCAGUCAUCCGAGAGUUCCUUGUGUGGAAUUUGCAUGAUCCUGUACACUGCCUCUCCCUUAACCCUUUCCUACCCUUUCCUAUGGUAGACAGCAAACAUAAAGGAAUAGAUCAGCAACUGAACAGACUGGAGGAGUUUGGGAGACUGACUCAACAGGAUGGAAGUUGUAGUUCACCCUGCAUCAUGUCAGAGCACUGUGACACCAACCUUGUCCCCCCUCUCCCGGAGCACUGAACCCAGCCAACGACAGAUCUGUACCAGACUUGGCACACACCCCCAACAUGGCCAACUGUGCAUACAGGCCUGGUUUGGAGAGGAUUGACUCACAAUUCUGGGAAUUGUAGUUUACUGACAUCAUUAUGUAUUUUCUAAUCGGAACAUUAAUAAAAAUGAAAUCAAA